AUGGAUCAACGUAAAACAUAUGAUGGCACAGCAGUUUGGUGCUCUAAGUCAACGACCAUCAACAACACCAACAUACUUGAGACCAUCAACAACACCAACACACUUGAGACCAUCAACAACACCAACACACUUGAGACCAUCAACAACACCAACACACUUGAGACCAUCAACAACACCAACAUACUUGAGACCAUCAACAACACCAACAUACUUGAGACCAUCAACAACACCAACACACUUGAGACCAUCAACAACACCAACACACUUGAGACCAUCAACAACACCAACACACUUGAGACCAUCAACAACACCAACACACUUGAGGCCAUCAACAACACCAACACACUUGAGACCAUCAACAACACCAACAUACUUGAGACCAUCAACAACACCAACACACUUGAGACCAUCAACAACACCAACACACUUGAGACCAUCAACAACACCAACACACUUGAGACCAUCAACAACACCAACACACUUGAGACCAUCAACAACACCAACAUACUUGAGACCAUCAACAACACCAACACACUUGAGACCAUCAACAACACCAACACACUUGAGACCAUCAACAACACCAACACACUUGAGACCAUCAACAACACCAACACACUUGAGACCAUCAACAACACCAACACACUUGAGACCAUCAACAACACCAACACACUUGACAGCAGAUAUUUAAGGGACGUAGACAUCACCAUCAAGACAUCCAUAGGAGACAUCACCAUCAAGACAUCCACAGGAGACAUUACCAUCAAGACAUCCAUAGGAGACAUCACCAUCAAGACAUCCAUAGGAGACAUUACCAUCAAGAAAUCCAUAGGAGACAUCACCAUCAAGACAUCCAUAGGAGACAUCACCAUCAAGACAUCCACAGGAGACAUCGCCCUCAAGACAUCCACAGAAGACAUCGCCCUCAAGACAUCCACAGGAGACAUCGCCCUCAAGACAUCCAUAGGAGACAUCACCACCAAGACAUCCACAGGAGACAUCACCCUCAAUACAUCCAUAGGAGACAUUGCCAUCAAGACAUCCAUAGGAGACAUCACCAUCAAGAAAUCCAUAGGAGACAUCAUCAUCAAGACAUCUACAGGAGACAUCACCAUCAAGACAUCUACAGUAGACAUCACCAUCAAGACAUCUACAAGAGACAUCACCAUCAAGACAUCUACAUGA